AUGGAAGUUAGUGAGGGGGUACCGGCUCAAUCUCUAAGUCAGAUCAAACAUAUAAUACUGGUUCUUUCAGGCAAAGGUGGUGUUGGUAAGAGCUCCGUGACUACUCAAACGGCGCUGACGUUAUGCAAUAUGGGAUACAAAGUUGGUGUACUUGACAUCGAUUUAACUGGGCCGUCACUGCCUAGAAUGUUUGGUUUGGAAAAAAAGUCGAUUUUGCAGUCAAAAGACGGAUGGUUGCCGGUCUCACUUCCUGUUCCUGAGGGUAGCAAUGGAUCCUUGAGUGUCAUUUCGCUUGGAUUUCUGCUGGACGAUAGAGGGAACAGUGUUGUAUGGAGAGGACCGAAGAAAACAGCUAUGGUGAAGCAAUUCAUAACGGAUGUUGCCUGGGGUGAAUUGGACUAUCUCAUAAUUGACACCCCGCCUGGAACUUCUGAUGAACAUAUAUCUCUCGCAGAGCAAUUGAGAUGGUCCAAACCAGAUGGGGCUAUUAUUGUUACCACGCCUCAGAACGUAGCAGUUGCAGAUGUGAAGAAAGAAAUCAAUUUUUGCAAAAAGGUAGAAAUCAAUAUUCUGGGGAUCGUAGAGAAUAUGUCUGGAUUCGUAUGUCCACAUUGCGCCGCGUGCACCAAUAUAUUCUCCAGAGGUGGUGGUGAAAGGCUAGCAAACCAGUACUCAGUACCAUACUUGGGCAAUAUACCAAUUGAUCCUAAAUUCGUCGAAAUGAUAGAGAGUCAGGGUUCUUCAAAUGUACCAUUAAGCGACAUGUAUCAGAAAUCUUCUUUGUUUAAGGUAUUUCAACCGAUUCUUAGAAAGAUUUUGGAUCAAAAUUGUCCCUCCAGAAUUGCAUAG